AUGUCCGAUCCACCAAAGAUGAUAUUCGACUUCCAGGCAGGUGCAUCCCAUGAGGCGAACUCAGCAAUCUUCUCCCAUGCUGCGAACAUACUUGCUGAGGAUCGCGAGAAGGCUGUAGAGGAAUAUAUCACACAGGACCACAUCAAUCCAUCCGAACUCUUGCAGCCAGAGUAUAUGUCAGAUCAAAUGUCAGAGCUUGAUACUGAUGACGAGGAUGAGAAGAAAGAAAGGAAGGAAGAUAUACAAAAGGCAGCUAACCUUUGGAGCGGGGCGCUCUGGCAGGACAGGACGGGAGUGGCAGGGGUCCUGGCGCAGUGGCAGGAGUCCUGGCUCGUAGUCGGUAGUCUUGGUGAUUCGAGAAAUAAGUCAAGGUCACGUGCCGUCAUGUCCCCUGCUGGCGAGACAGGCACAUUGUCUACUCCGCAACGCGCCAAUGCAUCAAAUCAAGGUGGUAGUAAACUAGAGUCCAACCCAAACAGCCGUGGGGCUUUGGUCGUCAGCGAGAACAUCAGCUUGGUCGGAGUCCAGGUUAAGGAGGUCCGGCUAUGGAUUCAGCGGGACAUCGAGCAGGCAAAGCAGUGCAAGGCAGAUGCCAUGCUGCAAGCCUUCCUACAGCGCGCGUCUUGCGCGCCGGAGACGAAACAGCCCGAGCUCCUGCAAAAGCGCCUGAAGGGAUUUCUUCCGGUUUGCAAUGGACAAGUCGAGGCAUAUUCUCUUCGGGCAUCGAGACAGCCUUGA